AUGAGUGAUGACAAAAGCAAAAUCAAUAACAUGAUGGACAUUCAAGUCAUCCAUGGUGGCAAGGUUUGUCUUGUGCCUCCUUGUGAUGUUGAAUGGUGCAAGAUUUUCAUCUGCAAGAUGGUUGAUGAAUGGAGCAAGAGAAGAAGGGUUGAUGAAUAUGAUGAUGUCUAG